CCAGCGGAACAUGGAGGCAGAGCUGGAGGAUAACCAGGAAACCAUCACGCAUACCAAGGAGAGCCUGGCUCGGAUCCUUGAGGAGAAAUCCCGACUUGAGAAAGAGAAGGAGGCUCUCGAGGCUCGUCUCGGGUAUCAGAGCAAGGAUCUGGAGGAAGCCAAGGCACAAGCAGCUGCUGCCAAAGCCGAACUGGCCAAGAAGCCAGCUGAGAAACCUGAAUCUGAGCGCACGCUGGAGGCAACCAAAGAGUUCGAGGCCAAAAUUGCCACCUUGGAAGCCCAGUGCAGAGAGGCGUCAGCUGCACAGCGUGGUCUGCAGGAGGAACUCUCCGAGGCUGAGCGCGCAUUGGCAGCUGCUGAAGUUGAAAAAGACGAACUGAGAGAGCGAGCCCACCAAGCAGAGGUUCAGCUACAGCAAGAGUCUGCAGCAUCGGCAAAGAAGGCCGAGAAGGCCACCGAAAAGCUGCAGUCCACCUUGCGGGACUUGGAAGCUGCAAAGGCACAGCUUGAGGCUGGAGAUGUCAAUUCUCGACAGCUGGAAUCCGAGAAGGCAGAGCUGGAAGAGAAGCUUCGACAAAAAGAAGAAGUCAUUCAGAAGUUGCAGGCAGAGAACAAGCAACUACAGGCAGGAAGAGAACAUUUGAAGAAGCUUGCGGAAGCAAAAGCAGAGGCCGAAGAGAUGGAAAGGCAACAUGCCGAUGCCCUGAAAGCCGCUCAGGCAGAAAAGGAGGCACUGGAAAAAUCGCUGGAAACCGCAAAGGCUGAGGCGGAGGCUAAGGAGAUAGAGCGGGUCGAUGCAGUGAAAGCAGCUGAGGCAGAAAAAGAGGCCCUGGAGAAAUCGCUAGAAACUGCAAAAGCUGAGGCUGAGGAGAGGGAAAAACAACAUGCAGAAGCCCUGAAAAGCAGUCAGGAAGAGAAGGAGAACCUGGAACAUGUUUCAACAACGGUUCAGGAGGCUGAAGAAAAAGAGAGGAGACUUGCUUCCACCAUCGAAUCCAUGCAGGCAGACAAAGAGAAACUGGAGAAACUACUUGAAACGGCCAAGCAAGAGGCGGAGGCUAAGGAGAUAGAGCGGGCGGACGCAGUGAAAGCAGCUCAGGCAGAAAAAGAGGCCCUGGAGAAAUCGCUAGAAACUGCAAAAGCUGAGGCUGAGGAGAGGGAAAAACAACAUGCAGAAGCCCUGAAAAGCAGUCAGGAAGAGAAGGAGAACCUGGAACAUGUUUCAACAACGGUUCAGGAGGCUGAAGAAAAAGAGAGGAGACUUGCUUCCACCAUCGAAUCCAUGCAGGCAGACAAAGAGAAACUGGAGAAACUACUUGAAACGGCCAAGCAAGAGGCGCAAGAAAAAGAAGAGAGCCUUGCUGGAACGGCAGACGCCCUGAAGGCAGAGAAAGAAACAUUACAGCAGGAAUUAAGAACAGCCCAGAAAGACGCAAAAGAGGCGGAAGAGAAAGAGAAAAAGAUCAACAAACGCCUGGAGCAGCUGCAGGCUGCCAACAAAGAUCUUGAAGAUCAACUCCGAGCAAGUCAAGAAGAGGCAGCGGCCCAUUUGAAAGCCCAGCUCUCUGGGGAUCAGGCCAGUGUUCGGCUCAAAGAGAAAUUGGCGGAGAUGGAAGCAGCCAAGGCCACCGCAGAGUCUGCCAAGACAACCUUGGAGGAGAGGCUAAGUGAGAAGAACGAGGUGAUUAGUGACCUUCGAAGCGAACUUCACAAAUUGGAGGCGGAUAAGGACAAAUCUGAGCGUUUGACGAUCUCAAUGAAGAAGGAGGCAGAUGAAAAGGAGAACCAGCUGAAGCAAAAGCUGGAAGCUGCACAGGAGGAAGCCAAAGCAUCUGCACAGAGCUUGCAGGAAACCUUGGCAGCCAAGAAGGAGGUGGAAGAGGAGAAGGAACGAGCAGAAGCUGCAGCGGCGGAAGCAGAGGAAAAGUUGAAAGCUGCCCAAGAUGAGGUCCGAACGGCAAGGGAAGCACAGCAUGCGAGUGAAGAGGCUUGCCGGAAGAUGGAGGCAAGCGCUUCAGAGAAAGCAACUGCUUUGGCAGACCUUGAGGCCAUUCGGACUGAUCUUCAAUCAAAGCUGGCAAAUGCACAGGAGGAGGUCCAAACGGCAAGAAAAGCACAGCAGGCGAGUGAAGAGGCUUGCCGGAAGAUGGAGGCAAGCGCUUCAGAGAAAGCAACUGCUUUGGCAGACCUUGAGGCCAUUCGGACUGAUCUUCAAUCAAAGCUGGCAAAUGCACAGGAGGAGGUCCAAACGGCAAG